CUGACUCCCUCGGACCUGACUCUCUCACUGACUCUCUCACUGACUCUCUCGGACCUGACUCUCUCACUGACUCUCUCGGACCCGACUCUCUCACUGACUCCCUCGGACCUGACUCGUCCCCCUGAGCUGGAGGCUGCUGUCUCUGUACUUUCUCCGUCAGUGAUAAUCAGACACUAAGAGGUUUACCUGCUGAGGCGGAGGACUGAGCCGCUGUUCACCAGGACUUCAGAUCUCCAGUGUUUUGAUGUCACAUUCCUGAGGAGGACUGACCCGACAGCAGAUCCCACUCUUCAUCCCUUUUGUGUGACGGCUGACGAACAGGAGGGUUUGAUGUUCGGAGGAGAGGAGGCCUCAGUGUUUCGUUGGACAUGGCUUUUCUGUGUGUGAGAAAAAGACAGAGGGAGCUGAUCUGAGGUCAAGGCCUUCGUCUUCUCCCCCGAGUCACAUGGCAGCGUGAGGCUCAACCCCCGGGUUGCUAUCGCUACACUGACCGACCUAAAUACUUGUGUACUGACUGGGAGGAGCCACAGACUGGAUCCCUCAGCAAAGAACCAAGAGCUCUUCAAGUGGAGCUGUUGACAGUGUUUUGGUUCUAAUCACCCUGAGAAACUGACUCCUUCGAACCGGCCAAGUGUCCGACCCUCUGAACCCGAGGAGCCGAAACACAAGCACACACACUUUUCUCUCGAGAAACUGAUUCAACUCACGUCGACUUCUCAGAGACAAAAUGCCGGCAAAGACGCCAAUUUACCUAAAAACUACGACUCCCAAGAAAGGAAAGAGGCUGAAGCUGCGUGACGUCCUCUCAGGGGACAUGAUCAGCCCCCCGCUGGGCGACGUCCGUCACAGUGCUCACGUGGGUCCUGAAGGACAAGGCAUGUUUGGAGAUUUGGGUUUCCUCCAGGGGAAGAUGGACAUGCUGCCGUCUCUGAGCCGGACACAAAACGGUCACGCACGCUCGCACAGCGUGGAGAGACACCUGGACGAAGACUUCGCUGCCAAACAGGACUCACACAACUACGCCUACAACGGUUUCCAUUAUCAGCACGCCUGCACCGGCCUGCUGAAGACCACCAUCUCCAUGCCCGUGUUCAUCUCCCACGAACAGGCGCCACCCAAACCCCCACGCCUCCACCUGGACGACCCCUCCCCUCCCUCCCUGCCCCCGCAGCAACACCACCUCCAGCACCAUCAGCAGCCGACAGAGACGAGCCACCGACAGGCCAACGGCUUCGAUCACACAGACAACCACGUCCAGCAGCACCCGACUCUGUCGCUCUGUGAGAACGGCGUGGUGGGACGUUUGGCAUCAGAGCCCUGCCGAGACAUCUCCCUGUCCCCCGCCAUCCGCAGGCUCGUCCCCUCCUCUGGCUCCUUCUCAGAGGUCUCCUCUGAGGACUCCAUGUCAGAAACCUGUGGGCCGCUGGACGUCCGCCGGGGCCUCAGUCUGGACUCUGACGCCGGCCUGAGCAACGAGGAUCUGAGGAGCGAACGCAGCGAGUCCCCGUGCGCUGCCUUUCAUCCGGCCGCUCGAACAGGCUCGCCUGAUGUGUCCCACUCUGAGUCUUUGGCGGGUUUGGACCUGGACCUGGGUCCAUCCAUCCUGGAGGACGUGCUGAGCAUCAUGGACCGAUACAAGAAGACAGACAACCGCUGCGAGCUGUGAAACAAACAUUAAUGUAAUAUACAGAUAUUUUUUUAUAUAUGGUUUAAUAUAUCCUGAAAUCUUUGUGUAGAGACUAAAGGAGGAGAAGGACGGAGGAAUGGAAAAUGUAGGUUGGAGAAAAUGUCUUCUUUGAGAAGAUUGACAGCUGAGGUCAAAGGUAAUGAAAGACUGGAGGAGGCACGUGGACAUUAUCGUUAAGUGCUGGUACGUUUCUGCUCGACGUGACAACAGGCUGGUCCUCAGGAGCCGUCGUCCCAACUCAGACUCAAAGACUUUCAGUGAGCAGAAGCACAGUCGCCUCGUUAUCACGAGCUCUGAACACAUUCCUCUCCUCUGGACACGUGUCAGCCACUAUCCACUUUAUAUCUUGUUAACUGUCAGCGGAGUCGGAUAUAAAUCUGAUAAACUGACUCGGGGAAAAUGGGAGAAAUUAUAUUGAGGAGCAGCAGGACUCACUCGUCUGUGGUGGAAACUGCAGCUGAUGACAAAUCAAUCUAUAAAAUUCAGGAUGUGAAUUUUAUAGACAGAUUUUAAACGACACAUGUUCAGUUACUCUAAGCCGAACUUAAGAAAACAUAGUUUUAUGCUGUAAGUCGUUUUCUGUCCUGACUCAUUUCGCUGCUUCAGGUGGUGAAUUUAGGACUGGAUGUAAAUGUCUUCACUGUUUCUCUGUAAAGUCAGAUGAAGAUUUAAGUUUCACUGGUCUGAGAUCAGACGU